AUGGCGGGAACGAGCCACCUUCACACGCCAACCAGGCUUGCACUGGUGGCCGUGGCAGCAGGCCUGGUAUGUUUGGUCCUGUACCGCCAGUUCUUGCACCCGCUGGCCAAGGUCCCAGGCCCGGUUCUCGCACGGUUCACGGGCAUGUGGCGCAACUGGUACUACCUGCGGGGCCAGUGGCACGACGUGGUGCUGGCGUUGCACGCGCGGUACGGGCGGGUGGUGCGGAUCGCGCCCAACGAGGUGUCCAUCGUGGACGAGGCGGCGGCGCGGGCGCUGUACGGCCAUGGCACACAGGUGGUCAAGACCGACUGGUACGAGACCUGGGACGUCCCCGGCACGGCCCCGGGGCUGUUCGCAACGCGGGACCGGACCGAGCACAGCUUCCUCCGCCGGCGUGUAUCGCGCGCCUUCUCCAUGACCGCCAUCCUCGAGUUCGAGGCCUAUAUCCAGGGCUGCUUCGACCUUCUGCUAGAGCAGCUGGCCGCUCGUGCAGACAGUGGGAAAGCCGUCGACAUGGCCGAGUGGACCAAUGCCGUCGCCUACGACAUCGUCGGCGAGCUCGCCUACGGCAGCCAGCUAGGGCACGUCCGCACCGGCUCCGACGUCAUGGGCAUCCGCCAGGCCAUUCUCACCGGCUUCUUCUGGAUGGCCAAUCUGGGCCACUACCCCGGCAAGAGCCGGCUCCUGACCUCCCCGACGACCGCUACCCUUACGCGCUGGCUGGGCAUACCAAACAGCUUCCACCACUUCCGGCAGUGGAGCGUUAACCGCGUUCGGGCCCGUAUGCAGGAGAGCGCCGCACCCACCCCGGGGAAGUCCACCCGCAAGGACAUGCUCCAUCACUUCGUCCAGAUGAAGGAUACCAAUGGAAACCCGGCGUCGGAAGGGGAGGUGCUCAUCGAGGCCAUGAAUAUCAUAGGGGCAGGAGCUGACACGACUUCUAUCGGCAUGCGGGCUUGCCUGUACUACGUGUGCACCCACCCGGCAGUAUAUAAGCGUCUCCAGGCCGAGAUCGACGAGUACUUCGCCGCCCGACCGGAGGGUCAGCAGGGAAUCUCCUACAACGAGGCCCGACAGCUGCCGUACCUGCAGGCAGUGGUGUCCGAGGCGACGCGCCUGCACCCCAGCAUUGUCUACCAGCUGCUCCGACGAGCUCCCUCCCCGGGGGGAAUGACAGUGGCAGGUCACGCGAUCCCUGCUGGUACGGCGGUUGGCAUCAGCCCGCGGGCCCAGAACCGCGAUCGCGCCAUUUGGGGCGAAGACGCCGACUGCUUCCGCCCGGAGCGAUGGCUCGAGGACCCCGUCCGCGCCCGCUACUUUGAGUCGGUCACGAUGACCUUCGGUGGGAAUGGGCCCCGCAUGUGCAUUGGGCGUAAUAUUGCCUUGGUUGAAAUGCUGAAGUUCAUCGCUCUGAUGUUGCAUACCUUCGACAUCGAACUGGUGGACACCACCCGCCCGUGGCGGAUUGAGUCCUUUUGGUUUGCCUACCAGCAUGAGAUGUACGUGCGUCUCUGGAAGAGAGUGAAGAGCUAG